CAAUACCCCGCAGAGCUCUGGGAAGUAUUCAAAUGUUGGCGGGCCCAGCUGACCGAAUCGAUUGGAAGGUUGGGAAGAUGGCGGGCGUCUGACUCAAUCCGCCGCUAACAGUUGGCUGUGAGAACAACACCGCGAUGGUUUGACGUCUCGUUCCGUCUCGAAGAACUAUCUUCAACCGGCAUCAGAGAUGAGCAGCGGAGCAGAAAGCCCGAAGAACCUCUACCUCGGGAUAACUCCUGAGUUUCUAGACGAGGAGUCACGAUCCAUCUGCCCACUCUUGACUCCGUCCCCAACAGCUGUACACUUCAGACAUCCUCUCUCCAGUCCAGGUUACGACCAGCAGCAUAGUCCAUCCAGCGGCGAUACCGAAAUAAGCAGCCUCCCUGCCGCUCUCUGCACCAGGGCUGAAAAAUCACCUAUCACCGAGACAGGUCGCCUCAUCACGGAUGGCCUUGAAGGUUCGUCAUCCUCUUCUUCAUGCUCCGUUAUGCAGGACAGCGGUGCAUCUGCCCAACUCCUAAAUUACUUCACACUUUCCGCAGACCCAUCCGCUAUCGAAAAGGGAGGCCUCAAAUCCGUUGUAAACUUACUUGGUCUAAGUAAACAAGCACAAGAAUACAGCUUUGUAUCCUGGAACUGGACUGUGAUCCGGCGAUGGUGCUUCUGGGGUGUUAUGUCCCUCGCUGUCGCUUGCAUCUGCAUCAUCAUAGGUUACAUAUCCACCAUACCUCGACGGUGCGACCCCUCCAGAUCAUGGUACCAAGGAACUCUAAUCUACCAGAUAUUCCCACCGUCCUUCCAGGACAGUGAUGGCAGUGGGGUUGGUGACCUCAAGGGGAUCACAUCUAGAAUAGGCUAUCUUGAUAGACUAGGAGUCAGAGGAGUAAGAUUAAGCUAUAUCUUCCCAUCUCGUUCAUAUCCAGAACACUUCCAAAAUCCAGAGAACCUCACUCAAAUAGAUCAUACCAUUGGCACUUUCAAAGAUUUCGAAGUUAUGCUGGAAAGCCUUCAUCGAAGCAACAUAUCUGUUGUAUUGGAUAUACCACUCUUCCCUUUUUUCGAUCGACUAAAGAUGAAGAGUGAUGAAGAAGAACAAGAAGUAAAACAUGUAAUUGUAAAUAACCAUAUUUUGGUGAGCACGACGAAUAAAACCCACGGAUGGGUUUCCGAAAGAAGCGAAAUAACUGACGUACUAUUGUUUUGGUUGAACAUCGGAGUUGAUGGAUUUUAUCUAGAAGGUUUGGAACAUUUCUUGACCGAUGAACUCUUCAUCAGCCAAAUCUUCGAGUGGAGGGCUAUAUUGAACAAAUAUAACCAAGGCUUUGAAAAGAUUCUCAUCUGUUCAGAAGAAGUAGUAAAGUCUCUUACUAAGAAUAUGCACACCAUAGCGAAUGCUGAAUCUAAGUUGAACGUUGUGAUGAAAUCAUUUGACUUGAUAAAUGUUCAUCUGGAUCCGUUUACCAAUGGUGUACCAAGCAUUAAGGAAAAACUUCAUGAAGUUCAGAAUGGUGUCAUCUACUCGAAGCCUGGUUAUCCAUGGGUUUAUUGGACUAGUGGAGGAGUGGAUACUCUUCGACUGGCUAGUAAAGCCCCUUAUGGCAAUGUGACGAUGGCUUUACUUCUUACUACAAUGGCCCUUCCAGGAACAACUGGUAUAUUCUAUGGUGACGAGAUAGGUCUCCUGAAUGUAGAUGAUGAACAGUUUAUUGAUGUGCAGCACCUACACCAGCUUGCUCCAAUGCAUUGGUCAGAUUCUCCGAAUAGCUAUGGAUUUGCAGUGAGAAACAUUAUACCUUGGAUGAAAGUUACUCCAUCCCGACUUUCUUUAUCUGCCACCCAAUUUAUAACACAAAUGUCCAUCAUUAAAGAUUCUAGUCCUGGAUUAUAUAUGAAUGCCAUGUGGAAAAAUGACAGGCUCAUACCAAAUUCGGAGAUCAGGUACAUUGACGAAAACGUUCUCCUACUGGAAAGGAAUUAUCCAAGAAGGCACACAUUCCUCCUAAUGGCCAAUAUUGGCAAAGAAAAAUUGAUGAAAGAUUUUUCAUCUCAUUAUUACGGUGGUGUUCUAAUACUUGACACAUCCGGAGGAGCAGAACGGUAUGCCACAUUCCAAGAUACACAAUUAGUUCCUGGACAAGCUAUAAUAGCCAAGCUGGAUAAAUAGUCAUCAGAAGAAGUAGCAUCUUAUAUUCCUAAUUGUUUCACUUAAUUUAAUAAAUGGAUGAAACACGUUUUUUUAUUUAUUUAUUUUGAAAAAACAAUUAUCUCAGUGAGAAAGCUAUUCAUUGUAUUGAGCAAUCUAUAUUGUCUUUUAACAACAACAACAACUUAAAAUUGUACAUCAUUUGUGGCUAUUCUCAACAUUUCUUUUAUUUGUUUUUUCUGUUAGUGAAAAUGAAAGAUGAUAUUUUUGUAAUUAUCUACCAAAUAUUAUUAUGUAUUACAAAAGUAAAAUAUUUAAAAUUCAAUUUAAAUAUAAUUAUUGCCAAUGAUUUCU